AUGGGUGUCGCUCUUUUUUCACUUGUUAGGCUCUUUGUUCUCUGUUGCAUCACAUUGGGUCUCAUUCCUCAGCUAGCUCUUGCAAGCAUUACAAGACACUACACCUUUGAUGUUCAACUGCAAAAUGUGAAAAGGUUGUGCCACACGAAGAGCAUUGUAACCAUAAACGGUCAAUUUCCCGGGCCUCGGAUUGUUGCUAGGGAGGGCGAUCGCCUCCUCAUCAAAGUUGUCAACCAUGUCCAAAGCAACAUCUCCAUCCAUUGGCAUGGGAUUCGACAGCUACAAACUGGGUGGGCUGAUGGGCCUGCAUACAUCACCCAAUGCCCUAUACAAACUGGCAACAGUUAUGUGUACAAUUUCACCAUUGUAGGCCAAAGAGGCACUCUUUGGUGGCAUGCUCACAUUUCAUGGUUAAGAUCAACAAUCUAUGGCCCCCUAAUCAUUAUUCCUAAACGUGGUGUUCCUUAUCCAUUUACCAAACCCUAUAAGGAAGUUCCCAUCAUCUUUGGAGAAUGGUGGAAUGCAGAUACUGAAGCAGUCAUAAAGCAGGCCUUGCAAACCGGUGGAGGGCCAAAUGUUUCUGAUGCUUACACAAUCAAUGGACUCCCAGGGCCUUUGUAUAACUGCUCUGCUAAAGACACUUUCAAGCUGAAGGUUCAAGCUGGAAAGACAUACAUGUUGCGCAUAAUCAACGCAGCACUGAACGACGAGCUCUUCUUCAGCAUUGCAAACCACACCCUCAAAGUGGUGGAAGCUGAUGCAGUUUACGUCAAACCUUUUGACACCAACACCAUUCUCAUUGCCCCCGGACAAACCAUUAAUGUUCUUCUCAAAACCAAACCCAGCCACCCAAACGCCACAUUUUUCAUGACUGCAAGGCCGUAUGUGACUGGUCUAGGCACCUUUGACAACUCCACUGUUGCUGGCAUUUUAGAAUAUGAAUCAACUGCACUUCAUUCAACCCUUCCAAUGAAGAAACUUCCACUCCACAAACCGAUUCUCCCGGUUCUAAAUGACACAUCGUUUGCGACAAAAUUCUCCAACAAACUCCGUAGCUUGAACACUCCCCAGUUCCCAGCUAAUGUUCCACAGAAAGUUGACAAGCGUUUGUUCUUCACAAUAGGGCUUGGAACCAACCCAUGUAGCCAGCAGAAGCACAACAACCAGACUUGUCAGGGACCUAAUGUAACCAUGUUUGCUGCUUCAAUCAACAACAUUUCUUUCACUAUGCCAAACACUGCCCUACUCCAAUCCCACUUCUUUGGCCAAUCCAACGGGGUUUAUUCCCCUUAUUUUCCUAUCAGUCCUCUAAUUCCAUUUAAUUACACUGGUGCACAGCUGAACAAUACUAAUGUCAGCAAUGGUACAAAGCUAAUGGUGCUUCCCUUUAACACUAGUGUGGAGUUGGUGUUGCAGGACACUAGUAUUCUUGGUGCUGAAAGUCACCCUCUUCAUCUUCAUGGCUUUAAUUUCUUUGUUGUUGGUCAAGGUUUUGGCAACUACGACCAAAAUAAGGACCCUAAGAAGUUCAAUCUGAUCGACCCUGUCGAGAGAAACACCGUGGGUGUGCCCUCCGGCGGGUGGGUGGCUAUUCGGUUUCUAGCAGACAAUCCAGGUGUAUGGUUUAUGCAUUGCCACCUUGAGAUCCAUACUAGCUGGGGAUUGAGGAUGGCUUGGCUUGUCUUGGACGGAAAGCUUCCCAAUCAAAAGUUGCUUCCUCCCCCGCUUGAUCUUCCCAAAUGUUGA